AUGAAAGACCAGCGAUUCUCUGACUUGGCGGCAGGCAUGAGCCAAAGGCUUUGGACUGAACCCAGAAAAGUAAUGAAACCGUGCAGCGGCGAAGUGUACAUUGCUGAUAUACAUGCGGCUGUAUGGCCGGCUGUUCUAUGGCACAAAUUUAUGCGAUCGAAUAUACAUUUGCUCGGAUCUCGUUUCGGUCGAACGGCACCCGUGCCUGGUUCAAAGCGCACUGCACGAGCUUCCGCGGAGGAUGUGUUGUCGUCACGGUGGAAGCAUCUUCGAUCACAGUGGUCCAGUAUCCCACAGGUCGUGUGUUCUUCGCGUCGCGAUCUUCCGAAAAUUGCUCAUUGA